CAAGAAGUGAAGAGGAGUUUGAGAGAGUUUUGAGCUUGAGCAGACAGCUUUUUGAGAAAAAUGGUGUAAAGCAGCAAGGCAUGGCUAUGUCAGAACAGUGAUUUAGAUAUCAAAACCAUCAGAGGAACUGAAGAUAUUGGAUUCAGAUGAGACACGAAAGCAGCUGUGCGCAUUAUAUUUCACAAAUGCAGAGGAGCCAUUGAAGUUUCUAAUACAAAGUCAGCAUGGAUGAAGAGAUUGUGAUAUUACAUUUCAAUGAUGUCUACAAUAUACAGUCCAGGACAGCCGAGCCGGUGGGUGGUGCGGCCAGAAUGGUCAGUCUGUUUAAAAGUCUUAGACAUCUGGACCCUCUGGUUGUAUUCAGCGGAGACUGUCUUAACCCUUCCUUGAUGAGCAGUGUUACUGAAGGCAAGCAAAUGAUCCCAGUUCUCAAGGCACUGAAUGUUGACUGUGCUGUGUACGGUAACCACGAUUUUGACUUUGGUAUAGAUGAUCUGGAGGAGGUAGCUGCAGAGACAGGUUUUCCAUGGUUGAUAAGUAAUGUGGUGGAUAAUUUCACAGAGAAACCUCUGGCCAGUGGACUUGUUACACAUGUGAUAGAACAUAAAGGGAAAAAGCUGGGUUUCCUGGGUCUAGUAGAGGAGGAGUGGUUGGCGACACUGGCCACUCUGGACAAAGAUGACCUGACAUACACAGACUAUGUGGACGCUGGACGCCAGCUGGCCACUGACCUCAGAGACCAAGGGGUGGACAUUGUCAUUGCACUGACCCAUAUGAGGUGGCCCAACGAUAUACGCCUGGCUGAGAAUGUAGACGAGAUUGAUCUGAUUCUAGGUGGCCAUGACCACGACUUUGGGGUGCAGCAGAUCAAUGGCAAAUAUGUCAUUAAAAGUGGCACAGACUUCCGCCAGGCAGGUAAAGUAACUCUCCAUCUGGGAGAUCACCUGGAUGUCAGGGUGGAGGAAUUAACUGUGGACUCCAGUAUUGAAGAGGACCAAGAGAUGAAGGAAGUGGUGGAUGAAUUUGUAGCUCGUCUGGACAAAGAGAUGGACAUGGUACUGGGCCACAUCAAGGUACCCUUAGAUGGACGGUUCUCCAGUGUCAGGACACGAGAAUCUAAUUUAGGUAACUUUGUGGCUGACAUCAUGUUAACAGUGACAGACGCCCACGUAGCUCUGAUCAACUCUGGCACAUUCCGCUCUGAUGUGCUGCACCCUGCUGGAGAGUUCACGGUGCGAGAUCUCGUCAGCAUUCUUCCCCUCAAUGACCCUCUGGUGGUGCUUAAAGUUACAGGUCGUCAGCUGAUCGAGGCCCUAGAAAACGGGGUGUCCCAGUACCCCAAGCUGGAGGGGCGUUUCCCGCAGGUGGGCGGGGUCAGGUUUGCCUUUGACCCCAGGAAGCCAGCUGGUCAGAGGGUGGACUGGACACUGGUCAAGGUGCAGGAGGAACCCCUGGAACUGGACAAGGAUUACAGAGUUUGUGUAAAAGUGUACCUUUCUCAGGGCAAAGAUGGUUUUGAUGUCUUCAAAGAUUGCCCCAUGCUGGCAGAUGAUGAGGGUCCAGUUCUUGCCACAGCAGUCCAGAACUACUUCACGUCAGUACAGGUGGUGGAGGGCAAGAAACCCUGUAAGUCCAUCCACAGGGCCAGCCUCUUCAGUGUUAUCAAGAGAAAAAGCAUCUCUGUGGACAUGUCUCACUUCCCAGAACACGACACACCCGCCAACGUCAUACGCCAGCUGUCGCGACAGGACAGCCUGGAUGACCACUCCCCCGUGGUCAACGUCGCCACCAUCAGCUCCAAACCACGCGCACACCCAUCACGUGCAUCUUUGGUGCGACAGGCCAGUAUUCACGACUCCAUCGGUAUCCGUUCCCAGAUCUCACUGGUCCGCCAGGCCAGUAUACAAGAGAUGGAGCUGGAACAUUUAGAGGAGUUUCUGGCUCCCAAAGUGGAAGGGAGGAUCAUCUUAAUUAACAGUGAUGAGCACUAUCAGGCAUUACUAAGAGAGUGUCAUUCUCACGCCAAUCUACCACACACCGUCCACAGAGCGAGUACGCCCAUCCCUGAAGACUCUGAAGAAUCCUUAGAACCAGAGGAAAAUAAUAACGUGGAGACAUAAUGACUGCAAUAUGCUCAGACUUAACCCAGUCAGUGGCCAUAUUAAAUUAUGGAUGUUCUUCAUUGUUAUUAUGGAUUUAUUCAUGCUGGCUUUAGAAAGCAAUCCAAAAACUGAUAAUACAUAUAGUCAAACAUUUCUUGGCAAUUUUGUUUGCCAAAAAAUUGUCAAAAAAAAUUAAUUUGAUAGCAAAUGUAUAAUCUUAUGUUUAGAAGGCCAACUUUUCAUUAGUAUAAUUCAAAUACUCUUUCUCAAUAUUCCCAUUUAUUGCUGUGAUGCAAGACAUGUCCAAUAUCGAGAGCAUGCACUCAUUUUACUCAUUUAUGGCAUUCUUUAUCAGCAAAACAAAGGUUUUUUUUUUUUUUUUUUUUUUUACAACUCCCUUCCAGUAGCUGUAUCAUGUCGUUUUCUUACAUUUAUUUUUUUUCAUUGGUGGCAUAAUUUGCUCCCAAAAUUAUUUACUAUCAUUUCCUAACCAUCUAUUCACAUCUAUUCACUUUAUUAUUAAUUUAUUUUUCCUUCAUAUGUAAAUCGAGGCUUAUUUUUUAUUUA